UUCGAAUGAGACUUUUCCUGCUGAACUUUUGUCCUGUUUUCAAUUAAAAAUGAGCGAAGUGGUGGAGCCUUUAUAGUGAGAAUUAAUUUUCAUAUGCAUCAUAGCCGGCCGAGCAGCGUAUUUUCAAACAGUAACUAAUGGAUUUGUGAUUUAUAUUUUUUCCGGCUUUAGAACAAUAAUUGUAUGUUGCUAUCAAUACUAUUAAAGUUCUAUAACCAGGAGUUUUUAAGCAAUAUCCGGUCAAAGAGAUUGUGUCACGUACCAUUUAUGGAGAUGCGUUUUGAAAUAAACAGUGCUAUAAAACAGUUUAACUUGUCUGCAAUUUGCCAGGUUACUUAACAGAUUACUUAAUCAGAUUUUUUUCACUUGCUUAAUAUUAUUUUCUUUGACUUUCAUAUCAAACUCAUUUUAAAAGAAUAAAUUGCAAUUAUUUGACUUUCAAAAACUAACAACUUAAGUGGUUCCAAUUCUCCGAGCAACGAUCAGUGUAUUGGAAAACGAACAAACUAAUGGCACAACGGCGUUGUGAACAGACAUCCUGUUCGUUCAGAUGAUAAAUGGAUACACAGAAAGAUGAUAGAUUACAUGUGUAAUUUCAUACUUUUUUGGAUGAUAGUUAUUUUUUUCAGUUUUACACAUAUUUUUAGUUUAAGCUCAGAAACUUUUGAAAAGGACCCAUUAGUUGUGAAUGUAUUAUGUGAUUCUACUGAUCUAGGAAGGGCUAGGAGUGCCAGUGAGUGUGCCGGCUAUUGCGGUAUUAUACAAUCUUGCAAAAGUUUCUUUUAUGUAAAACAAGACAAGCUGUGCAAAGGCUCUUCAACAAUUGUUGGGUCAGCGAUUGGAUGUAGCGUGAGGACAGGCUCAGUGUACUACAAAACAACAGAAUUGACAACUACGACGACAACAACCACUACAACAACCACUACCACUUCAACAACCACUACCACUACAACUCCUACGGUUAGCUAUAAUGCCACCUGCACGACACAUGCCGAAUGCACGUUGCCCUCAACAAUUUGUUUACAGGGAACCUGCCAAUGUGUUGCUGGAUAUAGUUACGAUUCCGGAUCUGGCGGCUGUGUUACAUUUUGUUCUGUGUACGGAAAUACAUAUAAUUUUUACCCGGACAUGGCAUUGAGGGUGGACCAUGUUUAUGAGGAAGCCGGUAUUACUCUGUCGCAGUGUAAAACCACCUGCUCAAACACAGCUUCAUGCCUUGGAUUCAACUACUGUGUGGCAUGCGGGUCAUUGUGUCGACUCAAACAAGAUACGCCAUUAACCAAUCCAGGAGACUAUAACAGCAUGUCAUCUGUAGAUUAUUAUUUCAGAAAUUGUGCGUGACGAACCAAAAUAUUUCAGCAGUUGUUAAAUGAUCGUACAAUAAAGCAUGACUUGUUUAAAAUGCGUGCAUUACCUUUAAAAAGCUUUGUUUUUGUAUGUUUUGUAUAAGUUUUAAUCAAAUCAAGUCAGAUAAAAGCCUCGUUAACACUGUUGAAGCCACUUUUUUAAACUUGAUUAUCAUAGAUCUUAUCAGAAUAUUAGUCUGUUUGAAUCUAUGUCAGGUUAAACAGUGAAGUACCAGAAGUCGAAAACUAAUCGCCAGGUUAAGCCAUAGAAAAACCUUGUAAAUAUCCUAGAGUCUGCAUUUGUUACUUGAUACUUGGUCAACAGUUUUAGCUGUUUAAAGUCUAUGAUAAAUGUACAACUUGCAUCAUAAAUCUGCCUGAAUUACAUAUAACAUAGUCAUAAUGUUUGUCUAUGAACUGAGAAAUGUUUCUUCUUUGCCUACCAAAAUUGCUCAGAUUAUUCCAGUUUUGCAGAGCUUUAUGGAUAUGCUGACGAUCAUGAACCAAGCUGGCAACGAGCAAAAUAAAUCAAAGGUUUUAAAACAAGUUCAUAGCUGUUUGGAUGACAUUAGUACGUGGAUGACGAAAUUCAAACUGAAAAUGAAUAAUUCAAAAACAGAAAUCAUUAUCUAUUGUAUUAAGAAUCAGCUAGCUUUUUAACAUCACGAGGUAAAUGUUGGUGGUUAUGAGAUGAAAUUCGUUGAUCAUGUUGGGGAUCUUGGUGUGCAUAUGAAAAAUAAUCUGAAUUUUGACUUAGAAAGAAAUGUCAAAUUACAUAUGGUCAGCUGAAGAAUUUGAAAGAAAGUCGGAAACACCUAUCACAAAAAUCAACAGAAAUUCUAGUGCAUGGUUUAAUUCAUUCUCGCACUGAUUUCUGCCAUGGUCCGCUUUUUCUAUUUUAUUAUCACGGCGGCGUUGCUUGUGCCGUGUGGCGGCCGUAAAAAGUCUCCUCGUACAUUCAAUCAGCGGUGUUAUAUUUCGAUCUUCUCAGAUCGUUGGGCACGACUUUUAUGUCGUGUUACUGGUACUGUUUUGUUUCUCAGCAUGAACAUUUCGGCCUUGGUGGUUCCAAUACUCCCGCUUUCAUAGCUUUGGGUAUUGUUUAAUCACCACUUGGAUAUGGUGCCUGCUUUUUAAUUUUGUCUUUUGGCAGUUCCUGUGAUAUGCAGUCUCCAUAACCUCAGAUCCCCUUUCUAGAUACCAGUUUGUUUAGUUCUGCUCAUUGUUUUCUCGUUUAGGGCAAACCCAUUAUUUUACCUGGGGACCAUACGCCGCUUUUCAUGGAAUUACACACUAGUGUAGCAUUGAAAUUUCCAUGUGCACCGCCAUAUGAACACAUCUGCGGAUAUCUAUACAUUGUUAUUUGUACUUUUAGUAUGUGUAAAUGUUGAGUUCUGCUCAACCCGGGGCUAGAGGGCGUGGACGGUAGCAUGCAUUUCCACUACCGUCCAUGAAAAGGUUCAAUCAAACCGAGCCUGCAACAUUUUCGUUUUUGUUGUGUUUAGCGACCUGUGGAGUUUCCACUUUUUUCUAUUUUUUACCGACAUACCAGCAUAUCAGAUUGAAAAAAACAAAUAUUCAAAAAUCACGCUGCUCUAGUUGUGACCAAUGCUUCAUUUAAUGAACCAAUUACUAACAUCUUGGAACAACUACAUUGGUUCCCUGUAAAGGCAAGAGUAAUGUUCAAAGUUCUAGUGUUGAUUUUUCGAGUUAUUCAAUGCACCUCUCCAUUUUAUGAGUGAAUUCUUCAUCCUGUCCGAAAUACUAUAUCAAACAAAGAUCAUCAAAUGGAAUAAACUUCGUUAUUACCAAAGCAAGAACAAAAUUUGCAGAUAGAUCAGUGCGUAUGAUAGGUCCAAAAUGAUGGAAUGACCUUCUAAGAGACUUAUAAAAGCAAUCAAGUGAAAAUAAGUUCAGAUGUAAACUUAAAACGCACAUUUUAAAAAAAGUUUUUCAAUUGAUUGUACAAGUCAAACGCAGGACAAUUAUGUCAGAAUUUUCAAGUGACUGCAUAAUUUCUUAUUUUGAUAGUAUUAUGACACAACUUUUUUGGAUAAUGACCAUCUAGUGAUAUGCGAACUGUAAAUUUGUAUUCAAAUCAAAUCAAAUUAAAUCAAAUAUAGUUUAUUGGCAGUUAAAGGCCAUCGGCCAAAAAUACAUUCACAAAUGAUAUAACAUAGUGUAACAUGUCGAGAGAUGGUUCACACACAUUCAUGUUUAAUACAAUGUAAAUGAUGUUGUUGUCUAUAGUAUGAGUAGGAAUUAUAAUUUCACUAUUAUCGAUCUAUAGAAAUCCUGUAUAAAUACGUGUAAGUGUAUUCAAUUUCAAGAAAAACAAUAUACAUUUAUUGGCAUAUCUUCCGUGAGCAGUACUGGAUUUAAAAUUGGUUAUUUACUUAUUCGACACCUCUCAAUUGAAACGCAUUAACUAAAAAUUCUGCUAAGGAGAAAAUACUAUCUGAUCUAUUAUCGGGCAUUAUCGUUAUAAACAACUGGUCACAUACAACACAACUGGUCACAUACAACACCAUUCACCCAUUCGUUUCUUAAAUACAUGGUACUGUGGACACACGAUAAGAAUGUGUAUCUCGUUUUCGCGUUGGGGUCUCCCAUUUCACCGGUUAUCGAAACGAAUCCAAAUCCAUAUUGGAACAAAAGGUGUUCGAUAUGUGUUGCCCACGUUGUUCGUCCUGCGUCAUCCAGUCGCUGUAGCAUGAUAUAACAUUACUUUGGGUACCUGUUUGUAUGCAUAUUUAUGAGUUUAGUCCAGUAGUUAACACAACGUGUCAUGUAGGUUACAUAAAGCGGUAAUCUCCCACAUUCACUUAAUGCAUACCUUAAAACAUCCAUGUAAAAUGUAAAGGAUACUGCAUGAUGUAAAGCAUAUCUAAAAUCAUCCAUGUAAAAAUGUAGUGCAUAUCUAAAAUCAGUUAUGUAAAAAUUGUAUAUACGUAUGUGUUAAAAUCACAGACACUUGGGGUUCGGACCCCCAUCAUUGGCUAAACUUAACCAGGGGCGAAGGAGAGCGGGGUGGAUGGGUGUCCGAACCCCAAGUGUCUGUGGUUAAAAUAUCAGCUGCAAACAUAAUAAUAUUGCAAAAGAUGUAAAUAAAAAUAAGAAAUGUUAAAUUCCUAUCUGCUUUAAAAAUGAUAAAAUAUUUCCGACUGAAAUAAAAUAUUUCCGACUGAAAUGUUUUCAAAUAACUCUUUCAAAGAUUGAACACAUUGAUAUUCUUAAGUCCGAACAGUCGAUUAAAAUAUGUUUAAUAAUUAGCGGUGUUUGACAUGGUACACAUUCGGGUUGAUCUUCUUUAUUCACAAGAUAAGAACGAGUCAAACGGGUAUGACCUAUUCGACAGCGAGAAAGAACAACUUCCUCCCUGCGAACAGAUCUGUUCCCUUGGUGCCAUUCCCCUAGAGUAGGUUUGAUAUCAUGAAGUUUAUUGAAUGAAGCAUUGUUCCAUGACGAUUGUCAUUUAGAUAAAAUAGAUUAAAUGCAUUUGUUCAUAUUAGGCCUAAAAUCGGUAUGCGGUAAUUUCAAAUUAGAUUGUGAUAAUGAAAGGGAUUUCUUUGCUGCAAUAUCAGCAUCCUCGUUUCCAUGAAUACCAACAUGACUGGGAAUCCAACAAAAUAUGAUAGACUUAUUUAAAGAUAGUUCAUGAAGCCUGAGAAGAAUAUUUUGAAUUAAUGGAUUUUCCAUAUUUAGGUUAUGAACUGACUCUAAAAGAGAGCGACUCUUUUACAAAAACGGACGUGUGCUUGUUCUAUCUUACUGCACUGUUUAUAUCCCCAUAGUUCGGAUGAGUAUGUCAAAAUAGGCUUUACAAUUAUGUCAAACAGCUUGAAAGCGUCCUUUGGGUCGAAAAACCCAAACUGUUUUUGAUAGCGGAAUAUGGUAUUCGUUGCCUUGUUUGCUUGGGAGUGAUAGCGUUUCUUGAGUUUUGGACCAUGAUAAUUUUGGUGUAAAAAAGGCACCAAGAUAUUUAUAUUAACAUGACACAACUUCUAUUUGCUCUCCGUUGAAUGUCCAUCUUUCACAUUGUUUUAAAGGCCCACCCCUACGGAAUACCACAAUGUUGGAUUUAUCAAAGUUCAGUUUCAUAACUGUUUUGCAACAGAAGUCAUGCACUUACAGUAUUUAUUUGCCUCUGUAGUGCUACGACAUUUUUGCUACUGUUGAUUCAUCGUCACCACUUUUUAUCUAUGUCUCCAAAAUUUCAAAAGAGUGUAUACAUAUACAUAGGAAGUUAACGUUAGUUUUGUGAUAGUUUUAAAGGGCAGCUGAGCAUAUUCUACGUGACUGCUUUGUCGUACA